AUGGAAGGCCGAGGUCUGACUCUGCGGAGUAAGUCUCGCCGUCAACGUCCUCAAAUCAGUGCUCCGAAACCGAUCUCCAGUCCCCUACCACCAAACACCAGAGCCCCCGAUGCCGGCCAAAAUGCCAUCCCCGCUGGCAAGGACCGAGCUCACCAGAGCGAUGCCACCGCCGAUCUAGUGAAAAGACGGUACUCGACCAGAUUCAACAACCUCGGCGAUAUCGAUACCAGUGCGCCUCCAGUCCCUGCACUUCCUCCACCAGUACCUGGAGGUGGAUAUGGUGGACUGCCAUCGACCAAUGCUCCAGGGCAGCCAUUACCCAUGGACGGAGCCCCCUCAUCAUCGCCGAAAGUGGAUUUAAAUGUCUUACGAGACCCCAGUUUACCAGUGGAGCGAUAUGUCGCUAAUCUCCUUGCGAACGCGUCCGAGGAGGAUAUCCAAAAAUACCAGGAAAGCCUCCGCAAAGUCAAAAACCGAACCUCUACCGACCUUCAACAGAAUGUCUACCAGAACCGCACGCAAUUUAUCAAGAUCAGUAAAGAGGCUGAGAAGCUCAAGGACGAAAUGCGGACCCUCCGGACGCUCAUGGCCGAACUCACCAAUGCGCUCGGACAGACGACCGUGGGAAAUUCCCCGAACCCCAUGUCUCCUGUCGAUGAUCAAUUCCCGAAGCGAUCGAAUCGCAGCUCUGUCGCCAACUUGGAAAGCAUGUGGAGUGUCCAGUUGCAGACAUUAUGGAAAAGCGUGGAGGGCUCCCAGAAGUUCCUGCCGGCGGUGCCCGGGCGACACAUUGUGCUGGAGACGGGCCACUGGGCAGAGCUGGACUCUGCCACCUGGAAACCGAAACGACCGGUCCAUAUUGUCUUGUUGAACGACCACCUGUUGGUGGCUGCAAAAAAGCGUAAGCGUGUGGACCAGAACAACCCCGCUCACCGUGGGCCUAUUCCCACCAAACUGGUUGCGGAAGAGUGCUGGCCGCUGCAAGAUAUCGACAUGAUUGAUUUAGCAGCAAACCUAGGAACUGGCGCAGCGCGAGAGGAGGCCCUGGAUCGUGGCAUUGGCAAUGCCAUUAGUAUUCGCGUGGGGUCUAAGCCAUUUACCUAUCGCCAGGACAAACGGGAUACAUCUACCAAGAACGAAUUGCUCGCGACCUUCCGUAAAACCGUGGAGGAUCUCCGACGAAACUUACGCUCUGAAACUGAAGCUGCCAGCAAACCCCUAGAGGCUUAUGGAUACCUCGCUGGGCGGCACACGUCGUACUCUCAAAUGGCUGAUCAAUUCGAGUUGACGGAUAUCCCACGCGACAAGUCAGAGGUGCGCAUCGAUGUGGAUGGUAAACAGCAGAACCUUCGCUGGGUGGAGGGACAAGUUGACGAGCUUGACAUUGAUAUUGCGCUGCAGCGGUUUGAGGCCGCGGUGUUUAGCAUUGAACGACUCCGAAAGCUGGCGAAGGGACUCAAGGGAAAUUCCAUUGCCCAGGACGUGAUCAAUGUCAAGGUUGAUGGUCGUGCAACACGACUCGCAGGGAUUCUCUCUCGUGCGCUGGUCGACACACACUCAUUUCCCACGGCGACUAAGACCAAUGUCUCCUGGUUGACCCGUUUAGGAUUUGAGGACCAAGCCCGUGAAACGUACUUGAGAGCUCGGUCUGACAUCAUCGCGAAACGUAUUCGGGCCUGUGUGUUUGAGGGUGACCUUCCUCUCUACAUCUUUCAAAUCUCAUACGUCUACUUCAGCCUCAUCAAGAACACCGUCGGCAUCUACCAGCAGUGUUUCCCCAGCUCAAUGUCUAGCUCAUCAAUUCGCUGGGCUAAGCAGCACCUGGAUGGUUUCAACGCUUUGCUCAGUCGCCAGCUUAGCAGUGUGCAACGAGGCACAUCAAUCUGGGAUAAGUGCCUGGAAAUUGUGCAUGAACAUGCGGCACACUUGAACAGCGUGGGGAUUGACUUUACAGACUUAGUGGCACAAGGAUUAGAGGAUCCGAAUGAGAACGGUGGUCCACGGGCUAUUCAGCCAGGUGAACUUGCGGCGCCAUCUACUCUCGCCAAUCUAUAG